AUGAUGCGCCUCGUUCGACUCGGAGACGACUAUCGAAUAGGACCUUUGCGGCACCAUACACCUCCACCCGACUUGCUCGAGAAGCAACGCAGCCUCCAGCAAUCACUAGAUCAGUGGUAUACUUCGUGGCGAAACCUAGAUGAAAGAUCGAACCUACCAAGCACUAGAAUAAAGGGGGGUCCCAGGAUCAACGUGCUGCUGAAAUACGAACUGUCCUACAUAUGGACUGAUAUGGCUUUCACCGCCGACGAGAUCAGCCACGAUCGACAUCUUGAAAGAUUUAGACAAAUCAUAGAGCAAGCCUCCAAGUUCGCGGAGUCUCAACUCGGCAACAACCCGUCGCAUUUCCUUUUCGAAGCGGGAUUCACACCAUCUCUGUUCUUCAUCGCGACCAAAUGCCGAGCCCUAGACGUGCGACUCGAGGCCCUGCGGCUCCUGACUGUUCUCGGAUCACCCCGCGAAGCGAUGUGGGACAAGGGCGAGCUGUUUUGCAUCGCGCGUCGGUUGAUCGAACUGGAACAUAAUGUAGGCUUGGAUGUCUACGGUCAGUUGCAGUUUACGGGGCCGGACUCUUGUCUUGGGCUUCCGCUCGACGAAGUGAGGGUGCGACAUUUCGUCCCGGAAAACCGCAGGCCGUGGCAGUUCGCGACCCAUGGGGAUGAGUCGAGCGGUAGCUUCAAGGUGGGCUACUUCUUGAGAACGGCCGAGGAUACCCUGUACGUUCAUCAAGAGGUUCUUGGAUGUGAAUAUUACUCAGACCUGUCAACUCUUGAUGGAGCUCAUGAGUCAUAUUCAAGCAGUCCGGGAAGUAUUGAGGGGGAGUUGGAGAUUGCGCCCGGCAAUGAGAAGUCGGAUUAUACAUCAUACGCAUAG